UGCACCACAAACCCGAGCACCCCAAUCCGCCAACUCAUAUAUACACGCGCGCCUGCUUCGCCGUCCUAGCUUAUUGGCUAGCACCUUGAUCCUCCCUUGCUCAGCUGGUCCGUGGCCAUGGCGUCGCCCGUGCUCUCCGCCACCACCGUGCCGCUCCAGGGGGGCGGCUUGUCGGAGUUCUCCGGGCUGAGGAGCUCGGCGUCGCUGCCGCUCCGGCGGAAUGCGAACUCUGACGACUUCAUGUCCGCCGUCUCCUUCAGGACCUACGCGGUCGGCACGAGCGGCGGCUCGAGGCGGGCGCCGACGGAGGCGAAGCUGAAAGUGGCGAUCAACGGGUUCGGCCGCAUCGGGCGCAACUUCCUCCGGUGCUGGCACGGGCGCGAAAACUCGCCGCUCGACGUCAUCGCCAUCAACGACACCGGGGGCGUCAAGCAGGCGUCGCACCUCCUCAAGUACGACUCCACGCUCGGCAUCUUCGACGCUGACGUCAAGCCCGUGGGCGACAACGCCAUCUCCGUCGACGGCAAGGUGAUCAAGGUCGUGUCCGACCGCAACCCGAGCAACCUGCCGUGGGGCAACCUCGGCAUCGACCUCGUCAUCGAGGGCACGGGAGUCUUCGUCGACCGCGAGGGCGCGGGCAAGCACAUCCAGGCCGGCGCCAAGAAGGUGCUCAUCACCGCACCCGGCAAGGGCGACAUCCCCACCUACGUCGUCGGCGUCAAUGCCGACCUGUACAGCCCCGACGAGCCCAUCAUCAGCAACGCCUCCUGCACCACCAACUGCCUCGCCCCCUUCGUCAAGGUCCUCGACAAAAAGUUCGGGAUCAUCAAGGGGACGAUGACCACCACCCACUCCUACACCGGUGACCAGAGGCUGCUCGACGCGAGCCACCGCGACCUGCGCCGUGCCCGUGCCGCCGCGCUCAACAUCGUGCCCACGUCCACCGGCGCGGCCAAGGCCGUGGCGCUGGUGCUCCCCAACCUCAAGGGCAAGCUCAACGGCAUCGCGCUCCGUGUGCCCACCCCGAACGUGUCCGUGGUCGACCUCGUGGUGCAGGUCUCCAAGAAGACCCUCGCCGAGGAGGUGAACCAGGCGUUCCGCGACAGCGCGGCCAACGAGCUCAAAGGCAUCCUCGAGGUCUGCGACGUGCCGCUCGUGUCCGUCGACUUCAGGUGCUCCGACGUGUCCUGCACCAUCGACGCGUCGCUCAGCAUGGUCAUGGGAGACGACAUGGUGAAGGUCAUCGCCUGGUACGACAACGAGUGGGGAUACUCGCAGAGGGUCGUCGACCUCGCUGACAUCGUCGCCAACCAGUGGAAGUGAAGCGUUGCAUUGUAACUCAUCCUCGAAUUCAAAAUUUUCCCCAGGCUCUUUCCUGAUGAUAAUUUGUAAUGAGAAAUCGAGGUCUCCAACUCCCAACAGUUCCUUUUCUUCCUUUUUUUUUGUUUCACUUUUUCCUUCUCUGAUUUUUCACUGUCGAAGGGGAUUAUAAUUAACUUCCGGCAAAGGGAAUCGCAAACGCUGUAUAAUGUGGAUUUGUAAUAUAUAUACUACCUGUUCCCAGGUUCUCUUGUA